AAAAAUAAAUUUUUACAUAUUCAUUAUAAUAGAUUAAUGUAUUUCGGGUUUUUAAAAUUAAAAUGAAGCGUCUUAAAAUAGAUCGGCGUCUUAAAGCUGUGGUAUUUGUCGCUUUGAUGGUUUUGAGUCAAUUCACCAUAUCUAGUGGACAAAUACAACCGGGAUGUAUGGAACCGCAAUCCCCUGGAAUAUGCCGUGAAAGGAUAUUACGUUAUGCCUACGAAACUUUAUCUGGCAAUUGUAUUCCAUUUUAUUACACUGGAUGUACCGCUACUGGUAACAAUUAUUUGACAUAUGAAGAGUGUAGAAGAGAAUGUAUGGAAAACAACAUAUAUUAAACAUCUACUUGUUGUACAGGCUACUAGUUGUAAUUAUUUAACAUCCAAAUAGGUUCUAAGAGAACACCCCCACAAGAAGCAUAUUUUAAAGAUCUUUCAUUUUUCGUUGGUAACAAUUAAUUUUCUGUGACAGCUCUUAACAAGAGUUGCCACCUAAACACAAGAUUUUUGUAAUUUUC